UCAGUUCAGUCUGAGGCAUUCGUGCCAACGACUGUUUUUAGAUCUUUUUGUAAGUAAAUGGAUUUUUCUGAUUUUUAAACAUGUAUUUAGUUAUUCACGCGUAUCUUCUUCUGGUUGGAAUAUGGUUGUGCGAUGCAGGCUACGGCGUGUCUGAACAAGAUGCCCUUUCCGACGUAGAAGCCCCGGCGUACGUUCCAGCUUACGCGAAAAACAAACAAUUUGGCACAAAAACCGGAUAUGGUACAAGGACUGGUUACGGUACCAAAACUGCUUAUGGUACAAAAACGGGCUAUGGUACAAAAACUAGUUAUGGUACGAAAACUGGUUAUGGUACGAAAACUGGGUACGGUACAAAAACCGGUUACGCUGGCACAAAAACCGGAUAUUCAGGAUAUUCAGAGUCUAGAACUUGGAACUCCGAAUCUGGAUCAGCCCCUACAUACCAGGAGGUACAGCACAAUGCGAACCAGAUAUUUGCAGGUCCGAAAUGCGAGCCCACCUGCAAGAACAACGGAAUCUGCAUCGACACCAACACCUGCCACUGCCCGGCCAACUUCAAGGGGAAAUGGUGCGAGUUCGAGAAAAAACCUUGCUUGACGUAUCCACCGCUACCCAUGAAUUCUAUGAGGAAGUGUAAUGAUGAACUGUGUACAAUAACCUGCGCCGAAGGCCACAAAUUCAUCGACGGGACAACGGUGGCGAAUAUGCGCUGUGUGGACGGCCAAUGGCAACCGACUCGGGCAGACUUCUCGUCCAUACCGGACUGCGAGCCGGAGUGCAGCCCGCCCUGCCUGAACGGCGGCGUAUGUCUGUCAGUCAAUACUUGUCAGUGUCCGCAGGAGUACAGGGGGCCGCAGUGUCAGUACGCGACAUCUGUCUGCGAUUUCCGCAAGCUAGCGUUCAACGGCAACUACAAAUGCAAGGGCAACGACGAAGAGUUCUCAUGCCGCCUCAGUUGCCCGGCCGGUGCCACGGCUUCUUCCACUUUUGCUGACCAGUAUACUUGUCUGUAUUCUACUGGAAUGUACUCGCCUCAACCGAUCCCGCAUUGCGUCUUUACCGAUGUCGUUGUCGUCACGCCCAGCAACUACCAUUCGGGGUACAGCAGUAGCUACUACGAAACCUACUACCACAACGGCAGCGAUAGCCAAAGUCAUAGCCAAAUCGGCUACGGCUACGGCAACCACGGUGGCUACCAGACCAGCCAUGGUUCGGAAACAGUGGAGUAUGGCAAGCAGGGAGGCGGCACUAAAGGCACUAAUGUGCAUAUCGUUGUGCAGGACUUCACGCCGAAGGGAGGCACUUGUUUAACGUGGGCUGGGGUGCAUUAUAAGACGUUUGAUGGGAAAAUCUAUAGCUUCGCGUCCCCAUGCCAACACGUGCUAGUGCAAGACGCGAAGGAGCACGAAUUCACCGUGGCGGUGAAGCAGGGGACGUGCCAGAGGAAAGACUACUGUCCCUUGGAGCUGACCAUCUACCUGGAAGAGAAGCAAUACGUGUUGUCCGCUGGAGAAGAAGAAGGCACGGUGGUGUUUCGUAGUACGCGCCGACUGAUCCCGAUCCCCGCCUCGCUGCCGGGCAUCCGCGUGUCCAUGCCUGGCGAUUACGUCGUUGUGAAUCUGGACGCUGUCGGCGUUGUCAUCAAAUGGGACACUAAUAACGUAGUAGUCGUAGAAGGCUCUGUCCUUCUAUGGAACAAGACCCAAGGUCUCUGCGGACGACUAGACGGCAAUCCAGAGAACGACUUCACAACGAAAGAAGGCACCAUCGCCAAGACUAAGGCCGUGCUGGCUUCAUCUUGGCAGAUCAAGAAAAUCGGCGAUAUAUGCGACAGUUCUCCGUCGGAGCCGAGCGCAUGCGCGAGUAAGACCCAAGAGGAGUUGAGGAAGGCACAGCUGUUUUGCACCAACGUGUUCGUCAAGGAAAAGUUCAGGAAAUGCUCGAGCGUGAUGGACGUAACUCAAUUGCUCGAAACAUGCGUGUGGGACUACUGCGCCUGCACAUCCGGCUUAAGUCAGGAGGACUGUGCUUGCAACACGGUGUCCGUGUAUGCGAAGGAGUGCCAACGACUGGGUGUGAAGGAGAUGAAAGACUGGAGAGAUGCUGAGACAUGCCCAAUGAAAUGCGCGGAAGGCAAGAUCUACAAAUCCUGCGGCCCGGACGUCCAGCCCAGCUGCCAGUUCUCCAACCCUUCCCCGGCCGACGCUAAAACAUGCGUGGAGGGAUGCUUCUGUCCUGAAGGUCUACUUCUAGAAGCUGGCAAGUGUGUGCCCAAAGAACAGUGCCCUUGUCGACUGAGGAAUAAGAGCUUCAAGCCUGGGAAGACGGUGAAAAAGGAUUGCAAUACUUGCACAUGCCAAGCUGGCGAAUGGACCUGUACAGCCGUGCCGUGCGGCGCCCGCUGCGGCGCCGUCGGCGACCCUCACUACACCACCUUUGACGGGCUGCGUUACGACUUCAUGGGCCACUGCACUUAUACGCUGCUCCAGGCCGAAAAUGUUACGGUUGAGGUGGAGAAUGUGGCGUGCGCUGGCAGUAUUAGUGAGGAAAUGAACCUGACCCCUUUCACGGGCGAAGGCAAACCGUCCUGCACGAAGGCCGUCAACCUGAAGUACCACGGACUGGACCUGCACCUGAAGCAAGGAGGCCUAGUGCUCGUGAACGGGAAGGAAGUGGCCACUUUACCCGUACACGUCGGAGAUGUGUUGAUUAGGGCUGCCUCGUCGCUCUUCCUAAUUGUGCAACUUCCGAACGGAAUAGAUCUGUGGUGGGAUGGCAACACCAGAGUUUUUGUCGAUGUGCCACCAACGUUCCACGACAAAACUAAGGGCCUCUGCGGUACCUUCAACCUGAACCAAAAAGACGACUUCCUCACGCCAGAGGGCGACGUCGAGCAGACCGCUCUAGCGUUCGCCAACAAAUGGAAGACCAGGGAGUUAUGUACAGAUGUGGACGUUAAAGAACCAGAGCAUCCGUGCAAGACUAAUGUCCAGAAUAAGGAGAGUGCUGAGAAGUAUUGUAGCAAGUUGAAGAGCAAGUUAUUUGAACCCUGCCACUGGCACGUGUCAGUGGACCCGUACUACGACGAGUGCGUGUACGACAUGUGCGCGUGCGCCGGCGACGCGUCCAAGUGUCUCUGCCCCAUCCUCGGCGACUACGCCAUGGCGUGCGCCAAGAGCGGGCUCGAGAUACAGUGGAGAUACAAUGUUAAAGAAUGUGAACUGUCGUGUACCGGCGGUCAGGAAUACACCGUGUGUGCUGACAGCUGCCAACGAACUUGCUCGGACGUGGCGCUGUCAGCGCGCGGGCAAUGCAAGCCAUGCUGCGUGGAAGGCUGCGCUUGUCCCGUUGGUCAGGUGUUGGACAGCAACAAUGUGUGUGUGCCAGUGGGCCUAUGUCCCUGCUUCCAUAAGGGUAUGCAGUUCGAUUCCGGAUACAAAGAGGUCAGAGCUGGACGCAGAGAGAGGGAACUUUGCACAUGCGUCGGCGCGCGCUGGGAAUGCGUGCCAGCCACGACUUACGACAUACAGAACUACCCUCCUGCUGAAGACUUGCGAAGCAACUGCUCAGCUGCCAACCACAUGGAAUUCACUACUUGUGAAGUAGCUGAACCGCUAACCUGCAAGAACAUGCACCUACCCCCCUCCACAACGACCAAAGAGUGUCGGCCAGGCUGCCAAUGCAAGAAGGGUUACGUCCUAGACGCGACCAGCAACAAAUGCGUAUUGGCUACGGAGUGCCCCUGCCACCAUGGCGGGCGCAGCUUCCCUGACGGACACGAAAUGCAGGAGGAAUGCAACAAAUGUAAAUGCACGAACGGCAACUGGGUCUGCACCGAACUGCAGUGCCCGGGCAUCUGCUCCGCGUGGGGCGACUCGCAUGUGACAACCUUCGACGGCAGGGAGUACGAGUUCGAGGGGGUGUGCACGUAUCUGCUGGCUAAGGGCAGUGCUGAUGCGAGUGAUGGCUUUGAAGUGCAGAUACAGAAUGCUCCAUGCGGCACGACCGGCGCGACCUGCUCUAAAACGGUCACCCUAAAAGUUGGCAGCGGGAAGAACGAGGAAAUAGUCGAGCUUACCAAGGACGCACCUCUGCCAGACUUUUCUAAACUAGAGAGAAUAAAGUUGCGUAUCGCCGGUAUCUACGUGUUCCUAGACGUGCCGAGUUUAGGCAUGAGCCUUCAGUGGGAUCGCGGCAUGCGGGUCUACGUUAAAGUGGACUCUAUGUGGCGUAACAGAGUGAAAGGUCUGUGCGGCAACUACAACUCGGAUUCGCGCGACGACUUCCAAAAGCCGGAGGGUGGUAUUGCCGAGUCAUCUGUGCUGAUCUUUGCUGACUCUUGGAAACUGAAACCAACCUGCCCCAAGCCUGUGGAAGUCGAGGACCACUGCCGCCAACGUCCCGAACGUAAAGACUGGGCCACCAGCUCCUGCGGCGCGCUCAAACGCCACCCCUUCACCCUCUGCCACACCGAGGUCCCCCCCACCCCCUUCAUCGAGCAGUGCGAGCGAGACGCCUGCGCUUGUGACUCUGGUGAUGACUGCACGUGUGUGUGUACUGCGCUAGCGGCAUAUGCGCAUCGGUGUGCGAAUAGAGGAGUUGUAUUCAAGUGGAGGACUAAGGAUAGAUGUCCAAUACAAUGCGACGAAACUUGUGCCACCUACGACCCGUGCAUAUCGCCAUGUCCCGAGGAAACCUGCGAUAACACUUACUACUACAAGGAAAUACUGCCUAUCUGCCAACGAGACACUUGCGUUGAAGGUUGCAAACCAAAGCCCGAAGAAAAGAAGCAGUGUCCAGAGGGUCAAAUUUCCUUCAACAUCACAUCCAACGAAUGCGUGUCUCGCGGCCGCUGCAAGCCCGUCUGCAUGACAUUACCAGACGGAACACAAAUAUUGGAGGGGGAGGUGUUAGAGCAGGAUGCCUGUCAUACUUGCCGCUGCUCUAAGAAGGAAAGGAUUUGCACUGGCCAGCCCUGUUCUACAGAGGCCACUCCCCCGCCAGUAGUGAUAACAACUCCUCACGACGAAGGUCUCAAGUGCGUCACGGGCUGGACGGCCUGGGUCAACCGCGGGCCGCCUGAGACCACGGCCGAUGGACAUUCAGUCGAGAAGGAACCUUUACCCAAGUUCAAUGAAAUGCAAAUCGGGCAGCCAAUGUGCGGGAAACAGAACAUGACUCGCAUCAAAUGCCGCACCACGGUGAACCACCAGACUCCCAAGGCCACCGGCCUGAAUGUGGAGUGCAGUUUAGAGAAGGGUCUAGUGUGCAACGAGAUCGGAAACACGUGCCCGGACUUUGAGAUACAAGUGUGGUGCCAGUGCGAGGCGGAAGAUGAUGAAAAAGGUCGCUCCCUCCCCGAACCCACAAAACCGCAAAACGAGGAAGAAGGAGGGGAAGUCUUCCAAUGCCUAAACUCCAACCACCCGAACUACCCUCACCCCAGCGACUGCAAUAAGUUCUACGAGUGCACCCCAGAUAUGCUGAACCCUGCCAAACCCCACGCGGUUCUCAAGUCGUGCGCUCCGGGGCUCAUGUAUAGCAAGAAGCUGAUGGUCUGCGAUUGGCCAGCUAGCGUUAUUGUGGAUAGGCCGGAAUGUGGUUCAGCCGAGUGCAAUAAGUUCUACAAGUGCACCCCAGAUAUGCUGAACCCUGCCAAACCCCACGCGGUUCUCAAGUCGUGCGCUCCGGGGCUCAUGUAUAGCAAGAAGCUGAUGGUCUGCGAUUGGCCAGCUAGCGUUAUUGUGGAUAGGCCGGAAUGUGGUUCAGCCGAGUGCAAUAAGUUCUACAAGUGCACCCCAGAUAUGCUGAACCCUGCCAAACCCCACGCGGUUCUCAAGUCGUGCGCUCCGGGGCUCAUGUAUAGCAAGAAGCUGAUGGUCUGCGAUUGGCCAGCUAGCGUUAUUGUGGAUAGGCCGGAAUGUGGUUCAGCCACGACACACACCGCUUCUACCACACCAUCCACACCCACAACGCCGAGCGUCUGCCCUCCAGGUCAAGUGUUCAAGAAGUGCGCAUACCCGUGCGACAGCCUUUGCGACCACUUCAAGAUGGCCGCCGUGAAGAAAGGACAAUGCAACCUCUACCCUCCAGGACAGGUGUUCAAGAAGUGCGCGUAUCCGUGUGACAGCCUCUGCGACCACUUCAAGAUGGCGGUUGUGAAGAAAGGACAGUGCAAGUUUGGAGAGAAAUGCAUUGAAGGCUGCGUGGACCAGUCGGUAGCUAAUAUAAAAUGCGAGUUUUCCUCGCGCUGGCGCGACGAAAAAACGUGUGUGCCGCUCAAAGACUGCACCUGCGAUUAUGAAGGACAAGUUAUUAAGCCGGGUGGUGUAGUAGACCAGCAAUGCAAGAAGUGCCAAUGCCUCGACAACGCCCUGCACUGCGACACCAGCGAAUGCGUGUCCGUCGCUCUGCCCCCAGGGCCCUCGCACCUGCCCAUGAUGUUCCCGAGGCCCGCCACGCGACCUACCACGGUCACGACAGUGGCGCCAUUGAUUGUGAAGACCACCGUGUCGCCGCCGCCUGAAUGUAGCCCAGAAAGAUACAAGAACCUACUGUGGCAAGGAGAACCGCUGCCCGCCUCGUCUUUCACCGCCAGUUCGUUUGACAAGGAACAUUUCGCUCCGCAAUACGCCAAGCUCAACGGAAAGGCUGAAGGGGGUUCUGGAGGAAGCUGGCUCGCAGCCAACCAAGACACAGACCAGUUUAUCCAAGUAGAGCUGCCGACCGCCCAACCGGUCUACGGUGUGGUCAUACAAGGCAGCCCGAUGUACGACCAAUACGUGACCAGUUAUGAGGUCAUGUAUGGCGAUGACGGACAUGUGUUCUCGUAUGUGAAGGGACCGAAGGGUGAUCGACAGGUGUUCCGCGGCCCAGUAGACCACGUCGGCGCAGUAAAGCAGAUGUUCACGCCCCCGAUCGAAGCGAAGUUCGUCCGCAUCAGGCCUCUGACCUGGCACGACAAUAUUGCUGUACGCUUCGAGCUGAUUGGCUGCGGAGAUGUUACCACCACCACUACAACUACUGUUGCUACCACGCUCGAGCCUUUGCAAUGCACAGAGCCUCUCGGGCUAGCAGCCGACCUGCCCAUCGACAGCAUUGAAGUGAGCUCCAACAGCGAGGAUAGGAAGUACUUCGCGCUGUCGGGACAAAGGGGAUGGCGGCCGUUGUACAGCACGCCUGGGGAAUGGAUCAUGUUCGACUUCACCGCCCCGCGCAACAUAACCGGCAUCAAAACCAAAGGCGGUGUCAACGGCUGGGUGACCGCCUAUACAGUCAUGUACACGUCCGACUUGGCCACUUUCCACCCGGUGGUGGACUCGUCCGGUGCGCCUGCGAUCUUCCCUGCCAACUUCGACAGGGAUAGCGUGGUCACUACGGAAUUCCGACCUCCCUUAAAUGCGCGGUACUUAAAAGUUUUACCGGCCAAGUGGAAAAACAACAUCGAGAUGAGGAUCGAGCCUAUAGGCUGCUUUGAACCGUACCCGACACCCACGACAACACUCGCCCCCCUGCAAUGCACGGAGCCCCUCGGCUUGGCGGCUGACCUCCCCGUACAGAGUAUAGAAGUCAGCUCCAAGAACGAGGAUAGGAAGUACUUCGCGCUGUCAGGGCAGAGGGGGUGGAGGCCUUUGUACAGCACGCCCGGCGAAUGGAUCAUGUUUGACUUCACCGCACCUCGAAAUAUCACUGGUAUCAAGACCGCGGGCGGGCCGAACGGCUGGGCGACGGCAUACACCGUCAUGUAUACAUCCGACCUGAGCACUUUCACCCCAGUAGUGGACAAUGCCGGCGCGCCUAAACUGUUCCCCGCCAACUUUGACAGAGACAGCGUGGUGACCACGGAGUUCCGUCCGCCCAUACACGCGCGGUACUUGAAGGUGUUACCGGCCAAGUGGCAGGACAAUAUUGAAAUGAGGGUCGAGCCUAUAGGAUGCUUUGAGCCUUAUCCGGUGCCUACAACCACGCUCGCGCCUCUACAGUGCACGGAACCCCUCGGGCUAGCAGCUGACCUCCCCAUUGAGAGCAUCGAAGUCAGCUCCAAAAACGAGGAUAGGAAGUACUUCACGCUAUCAGGGCAGAGGGGAUGGAGGCCUUUAUACAGCACACCCGGAGAGUGGAUCAUGUUCGACUUCACCGCCCCGCGUAACAUAACCGGCAUCAAGACCAAAGGCGGUGUCAACGGCUGGGUCACGGCCUACACAGUCAUGUACACGUCUGACUUAUCCACCUUCAACCCAGUUGUGGACGAUACCGGUGCAACUAAACUUUUCCCCGCCAACUUCGACAGGGAUAGUGUAGUUACCACAGAAUUCCGUCCGCCCAUACACGCGCGGUACUUGAAGGUAUUACCAGCCAAGUGGAAGGACAACAUUGAGAUGAGAGUCGAGCCUAUAGGAUGCUUUGAACCAUAUCCGGCAACAUCCCCCAAGCCCACACAAUCACCUUUCAUCCCCACCACGGAAGCCUGUGUUCUCUGCCCCGGAAUACAAUCAGCUACUUGCGACUGCCACAAUGGGACUGCCAAGUAUUUCGAUGGAGACAGCUGCGUGACAAGAGACCAGUGCCCGUGUGUUGAAGGGUUUAUGACGUACGCCGUUGGUUCCUCAUUCCGCGGCACUAACUGCGACGAGUGUGUUUGCAAACUUGGUGGUGUGACGGACUGCAAGCCCGUCAAGGAGUGCAAAUGUGCUUCGGAUCUAGUCCCAAAACUGACAUCCACCUGCGAAUGUCUGUGCGAGCCGUGCCCUGCUGGCACCAAGAUAUGCCCAACAAGCAAGUUCUGUCUGGAAGUCAAGAAGUGGUGCGACAGUCUCCAAGACUGUCCUGAUGAUGAAAGGGAUUGUUCCACCACGGCACCUUGGGUGGUGACCACUGUUGAACCUCCAGUGGUGACUACCAUUGUGCCAACUGUAGCUGCCACUUUACCCACCACUACCACCGUUAAACCCAUAGAAUGCGAAGAAGUAAAAUGCCCGCCCGGCUACCUCGUCCGCCUGAUCGCCUCACGUUACACCAGUUCCUCCACCUCCGAUCUACCCCCACCCCGCCCCCGACAGUCUUACAGGCGAUAUCAGACUGGAUAUGCUAAGGGAGGGUCUAGGGGUGGAUACGCGAAGGGAGGAUACUCGAAGGGAGGAUUUGCGAAAGGCGGUUUUGCGAAAGGCGGUUAUGGCGGUGGUUCUUCACAAUCCCAAAGCUUCACCCUCGACAAGGCGACCCUGCCAACAGUCGCACCAAACACCACCAAAGAGUGUCAACAGUUCAGAUGCGUUCCGAAACUACCUUCUCUCCGCCCCGGCGUCACCCGCGCCCCGCAGAUCUGCUCCACCCCUGUCUGUCCACCAGGAUACUCGCUGAGAUUGGAGGCUGUUGCUGUAGCCAAUGAAUGCCCACAAUACGGCUGCGUGCCUCCUCCCGAGCGUCCCGUGUUCUGCAACGUCACCGGGCGUACGUUCAACACCUUCGACGGAUCAGAGUACAAAUAUGACAUUUGCUAUCAUAUGCUGGCAAGAGAAACCACCUUUGGAGACUGGACUAUCAUUCUCCGCAAGAAAUGCCGUGUCGACGGCUGCUCCAACCACCUCCUAGUCAGCCAAGACGACCAGCUAAUCCUGGUCAAGCCGAACCUCAUGAUACAGUACGACAACUUCGAGUACACCGUCGAACAAACCAACGAGAUAUGUUUCCAGAAGAACAGCUUCGACAUCAGCAAGCUUGGGAACGGUUUGGCUAUCAAGAGCAGGAAAUAUAACUUCGUGGUGCUGUAUAACACGGAUGGGGAUGUCAAAGUUGGGGUGUACAAAACUCAUCUAAACCACGUAGACGGUCUCUGCGGCUUCUAUGACGGUAUCGCCUCCAAUGAUCGCCGAAUGCCCAACGGUGCGCAAGCGUCCAGUGUGGACGAAUUUGGACGAAGCUGGGCCAAGCCUGGACUAUCGCCGAAGGCUUGUGAGACUAAAGUCAUCCCGCCUGAGAAGCAGAAGCGAGCUUGGGACUUGUGUGACGUCAUCACCAAAGAACCUCUCUCGAAAUGCUCCAAGGUCCUCAACCUGGACUUAUGGCGCAACAUCUGCCUGGAGAAGCUCUGCAAAUGCACGGAACUGAUGGUCGACGGCAGGCAACGUACUGAGGAGGAGUGCCGGUGUCUCCUGGUUGAGAAAAUGGUGGCAGAAUGUCUAGCGGCGGAUAAGGACUUGGAUAUCGCGGCGUGGAGGAUGAAUUUGAACUGUCCCGCGGAUUGCCCAGCCCCGCUAGUCCACUACGACUGCUACAGCAAGACCUGCGAGCCAACAUGCUCGACGAGCGGCAACCGUCAAGCAUGCUCGACGCAGCCCGGACAAUGCUUCCCUGGUUGCUACUGUCCCGAGGGAAAACUGAGAAAGGGGGAUAAGUGUGUUACACCACAGGAGUGCUUGGACUGUAACUGCCAUGGUUUAGGCUCACCGGUCCAAUACACCACGUUCGAGGGAGACGAUAUGCCUUGCCUCGGUAACUGCACCUAUCUCGCUUCUAGAGAUAGGAACGAAACGGGACAGCAUAAAUACGAGGUUUACGCUACUAACGGACCUUGCGAAGGCAAAGCCAGCGCUACCUGCACCAAGUCAGUGCACGUCAUUUCUGAAAAGAACGUCAUUCAUGUCACCAAGGAUCCUGUCACUAAGAAGCUGGUGACGAGUUUCGGCAACAGUGUAGUUUUCAAGUUCCCCGUGAAGAAGGACUGGGUGACCGUCAGCAUGAUCAACAAACAAGACGUUGUUCUGAAGAUACACGAUGCGUUUAUGGAGCUAACAGUGCUGAACGCCAAGAUGGAGUUUGGUAUCCGCGUGCCUUCACACGUGUAUGCCAACGCCACGGAAGGCCUGUGUGGUGUCUGCGCUGGCUACCAGGAAGCGUUAGUCACCAGCAACGGUACUCUCACAGGAGAUUUUGAACUGUACGGUAAGAGUUGGCAAGCGACGCCAACCGCCCUUUCCACCCUGGGCAUGUCACCACAAGAGCAGUGCGACCAGCCGCCGCCCGAACACGAGUGUGUACCGCCGCCAGCCGACCAGAACGUCUGCUACAACCUGUUCGACAAGGACAAGUUUGGACAAUGUCAUGCGCUAGUCGACCCACAGCCGUUCUUAGAAGCAUGCGAGAAGGAUAUCUGCGAAAAUGCCACAGACCUAUGUUCGACACUGGAGAACUAUGCCAGCGCCUGUCGAAGACAGGGCGUUUGCCUCGACUGGCGAGGCACACUCUGUCCCAGCACUUGCCAAGCACCGUUCGUGUACCGCCCGUGUGUGGACUGCGAGCGGACCUGCGAAAAUCAUGACGAAUAUAAGAAAGAUCCCAAGAAAUGCGACAAGAAACCAGUGGAGGGCUGCUUCUGUCCAGAAGGAAAAGUUCGAGUGGAGAACAGUUGCAUAGAGCCAACGAAAUGUUUCCCUUGCGAUGCCAACAAGGAACACUACGCGGGUGAUGAGUGGCAAGAAGACGCAUGCAGUAAAUGCACGUGCAGCAAGCUGGAGGGCGAGCGCGUCGCGCACGUGUCGUGCACGAAAAUGACGUGCUCCGUGCCCGUGUGCGCGCAGGGCGAAGAAUUACUGACCACACCAAGGCCGGGCGCUUGCUGUUCUGAAUACUUAUGCGUACAAAAACCGCAAGCAUUGUGUGACGAGCCUAAGAAGAUGGAAUGUGGAUACGGACAAAUACUUAAACAGAAAACUACGCCUAGCGGAUGCAAGGAGUUUGCCUGUGAAUGUAAGCCUGCCAGCGAAUGCGAGCACAUCCCAACCGACAGCGAGGUGGAAAUCAUGCCGGGCAUGCAACGCGUCAUCGACAAUUCCGGCUGUUGUCCGAGAGCACAACUGCUGUGUCGGCCGGACACGUGCCCCGCGCCCGUGUCGUGUCCGCCGCAUCACACGCGUCGUGCCGUUAAUAUCACCGGCGGUUGCUGUCCGGAUUAUAAAUGCGAACUGCCCGCCGACAAAUGCUUGGUGACUCUAGAGUGGGAGGCGGCGCCCAAAGGCGGGGAAAAGGCACGUUCUACACCUCAAACUAUGCUGAAAGAUCUGGAGUCAGUGUGGCUGGACGGGCCGUGCCGCUCGUGCCGCUGCUCGGCGUCCCGCUCGGGCGCCGCGCCGCGCUGCGCCGCCACGGAGUGCCCCGCGCUGGGCGCCGGCGACCAGUUCGUGCUGGAGCCGCGCCCCGUGCCCUUCGCGUGCUGCCCCGCCGCCGCGCAGGUCGCGUGUCGGGCCGGUGACACUGUCUACAGGGUGGGCGAAAACUGGACGAAUCCCCACGACGUAUGCGAAUCAUAUCAGUGCGUACAAGUGGAAGAUGGGAAACUAGAGAAGGUCACAACCGUGCAGACCUGCCCUACAGAUUGCGAACCGGGUUGGAAGUACUUCCCCGCCGAGCCGUCAAGCGGACAGUGUUGCGGCAAGUGCAAGCCGGUAGCUUGCGUGUGUACUGGCGUCGAACGGCCCAUCGGUGCGACGUGGCAGUCCCCGGACCUGUGUACUAACUACACGUGUGUGUUGGCUGACGGCAACCUGCAAGUUCAAACGUCGAACGAGACCUGCCCAGAAGUGCCCGUGGCCUUGAGGAAGCAGUUCGUCCUGAAAGAGGAAAAGCCGGCGGGAAAGUGCUGCAAAACGCAGGAACCGGUUGCUUGCCGAGUGGGCAAUGACAUUUAUCAGGAGGGUCAAGCGUGGCAGUCUCCAGACCCGUGCAAAAACUUUACUUGCGCACGGGACGGCACUGGCCGACUGGCGCACUCGCCCAAUGUGGAGACUUGCACGACGACUUGCAAGCGAGGCUGGAAAUAUGAGAAACCAGUCCCUGGCGUAUGCUGCGGACAUUGUAGACAGGAGCAGUGUGUGGUGGAAGAUGAGUUGAAGGACGCAGGUUCUAUCUGGAAGUCCGCCGACAACUGCACGACGUACACGUGCGAGCGCAGCGGCGAGGACCUGCUGAUGACGUCAUCGCGCGCGCCGUGCGCCGACGUGGCGUCAUGCGCGCCGGAAGACCUCGUCAACGAGACCUGCUGCACGGUGUGCAAGGAAAAACCCGCUGCCCUUAAAACUUGCUACCCCGAGGAAAUACCACAAUCGGAGACAGUGGGCCUGCUCCGCGUGACUCUGCGACCCCACGGCGUCUGCGUGAACGCUGCCCCCGUCCCGGGCUUCCGAGAAUGCCGCGGGUCAUGCCAAUCCGGCACACUCUACAACAACCAGACCGGCAGCCACGACUCCGAGUGCGAGUGUUGCCAGGCGACCAAGUACACCAAAGUGACGGCAACUCUGAGCUGCGAGGACGGAAGCACGCAGCCGCACGUCGUCGCGUCGCCGCUAGAGUGCGCGUGCCGCGCGUGCGGGACCACCGUCUCCAAGUACCCGACCAAGACCGGAUAUGGUGUCAAAAACGGAGUGAAAACGACGCAGAAACGCGAAGAGUACAACUACGAUAUACCAGAGAUCUACGCGAGAAUGGCGCCCGAGUCUCGCAGAUAGCUACCACGCCGAGAAUUAGAGAAUCACACGAGAAUUCUCAGAGCCAGCCGAGAAUUAUCUGAUAGGGAAUGAGGAAUGAUAAACAAAGUUUCAAUAACAAUUUAUAUUCAAGAGACAGAUAUUGAUCACAUGUAUUUUUGUAAAUAAAACAUUUAAUUUGAAA